CUAAGCUUUGAUGUAGCGAAGCCAACACUACACAGUGUGUGGAGCUCACCCUUAUAUCCACCCAAUGGGAACUCGGGAACGACUUCUGUCUUAUCUCAAGCAAAUAAAAUCAAGGAUUAACUUUGGGUGAUCGGCCGUGAUAGCCGUUGUCACAAUCGACAGGAAGACGGCGUAUCCGUGUUGUAGCAGACGACUCGGAGCAGACGAUACUUGUCAUCAGACGACACCAGCAGUCGAUUACACAUCUCGGCUUUACAUUUAGAUGAAGUAGGCUUAAAGAGUGCAGUUACUGCAGGUUUACUAACUAGUCGGGGAUUCUUGUGAAAAAACUGGUGUUUUACUGGAUGCAUUACUUCUUGUGUCGUUGAAGUGGCAACAUUGCAGGAACUUCCAUAGGAUCUAGUCUGUAGCGGCUCCGGAGACGAAGACGGGGUUGCAAUUGGAACUAAUCUUGUUAUUGGUGAAGACUUUCGAGAUUGAAAGAGCUACAGUAAGUUCAGUUGGAACAUUAUUUAGUUUUCGAGACGGGGCAAGAGUUGGAUGUCAACUCACCAUUCUUUGACGCCAGUUGUCUUAUUUCAAGAAUGGACCCAUGUUACAAUCACGGCUCGGUUAGUUUGAUUUAACCUGAUUUAUACUGAGUGGAAGCGGUGCCUUACGAGAGACUAGCACGCGAUGGAUCUGUCCAUGUCUAGAAGAAGCGUAAUUUCUGAAGGAAAACCGCCCUUCAAGCAUUCAAUUGACAAUAUCCUGAAGCGGCAGGAAGAGGAGAACCUCUGUUCGCCAGAAGAUAAGGCAGACGAGAGAGACAGCGACCCUGAGGUCGACCCCGGUGUGUCAGGCACGGAACUAGCAGAGGAUUCAGACACACCAAGAUGUUCCUCCCUCCAUUGUUCGGAGAGUUCCGAGGACAGCCCCAUCCCGGGUAGCAGCUGUCUACCCCAAACCCACAGUCAUGUGGACCCGCUUCACUUGUCCCUAUCACAGGCGGACACCGGCGACCCUCGGGUAGCAGCGGCAGGGGAAGACUACGUGAUGAGUAGAGGGACUAAGCGGAGUCCUGAUGGGGUGGGAACAGAAGGACCAGUGUCCAAGAAGAGACGUUUUCGAACGACCUUCACCUCCGAGCAGCUGAAGGCAUUGGAGCAGGUGUUCCAGGUGACUCACUACCCCGACAUCAACACACGGGACGACCUAUCAAGGAAGACCGGUCUGUCAGAGGAGAGAGUACAGAUCUGGUUCCAGAACAGGCGGGCCAAGUGGCGGAAGCACGAAAAGCUUGGGAACUUCGGGGGCCUACAGGACUUGAAGGAGGUCAGCUUUGUCCCCGCACCAAAGACCGUCAUCAGACUAGACGAGGAGAAGAAACCGUCCAGGAAAGUUGAUUCGGGUGACAAGUCCGGUGACGAAUCACCUGACCUCGAGAAGUCUCCGUCACUCAGUAUAGUGCCACCGCCGUACACCCUCCUGCAACCUCACUUUGGAAUCCCGCCUUUGCUCUAUUACCAAGCAUGCCUUCCUGCAACCGUUCCUAAUGGCAGACGAGCUGACAGUCUGACGUCACUACGACUAAAGGCGCGGGAAUACGAAGCUGCCUUAGAGAUGCAGUACUUAUACAAAUAGACUGAUUUGGGAUGUCAUGUGCACGUGUGCGGUGUAUGUAUGGACUAUCUGUAGACUGCACGUGCAACAGGUGCGUCGUCUUCGUGUUUGUAUAGAGACUGUAUAGUGCACGUGCUACAGGUGCACAGUCUUAGUGUUUGCGUAAGUUACAAGCAGGCCGCUCGUGCUACACGUCCGCUGUCACGGUGGAUACGUAAUUUGGGAUUAGAUUGCACGUGCACCGCGUGGCCUGUCUCAGCGUAUAUGUAAAUUGCGAGUAACCUGAUGUGCGGUCAACACAAUAUUGUCCCCAAACAUUCUUGAAAAACAAUAUCCUGAGCAAGUGCUAUAACUAUCUAACAAUGGAUUUCAAACCAGUGGUGUCGGAAGAAAUCAUCGUCCAGUUCGUCGAACGUUUGUGUGAUGAAUCUGAUAAACAUAAUAUAGACAAAGAUCAGUCCUUGCUGUAUCGCAUUCAGACUAGCUCGUGGUGUGUCGUGGUAUGGACACAUAUGGUUUGUUUGUU